CCGAAGUGAAGUUCUAUGUGAUAAGGUGUCGAGUGUGGCUGUGAAGAGAAACUUUGUUUCCAAAGACUGAAAAAAAUGACUUCGCUCGACGUGCUAACGAAUAAUGUAUUCGAUCAUCCAAGAAGCAAUUCGAGCUCGACUUUCUGGUCGACUCUGGAGCGAGCUUACGACCUGCAGAUUCCCACGUACGUGAAAAAUAUACUGCGCAUAACAGGUUACGGGAAUCCUAUAUCCUUCCAGCGAAUCACUCCGGACACGCUCGAGCAGAUUGAGAUUUUCGUGCGGACGAGCGUCAGCUUUCCACUGCCCGCGGACUCGAGGGAGGAGGAUUACUUCGGCCAUUUUUUUGUAAAUAAACGAAACUUGUUUACGUUUACUCCCGGCGAUAGAGAUCUUGUAUUAGGCUUGGUCGAUCGCGUCAAGGAGUACACGAUGGUCUUUCAAAAACUUCUGAAUUAUUAGAUUUAAUAUAGGUUAUUUCAAGUUGAUUGCGAAAUUUUUGGGCUUUUUUAUCAGAUAAAAAUAUUUUGUCGUCGUUUUGCAACAUUGUAUUUUGACGUUACGCUCGGGAUUGUAAUAUAGCUAGGGACAAAAAAGUGAUAGUUUAUCAGCGUUGUGAUGGGUUUAUUCUUAUAAUGGUGUAUUCAAGUUUAAUGGAAUGUUUGAGAGAGAUCUAGAAAAAGUUAAUCGUACUUUGCAAUAUAAAUUGCUAGUUUAUUAUAAUAUCAUGCUUAUGCAGUGAUAUCAUACCU